UCUUAUUCAUACAAAAUCCUAUCUAACAUUUCAGCUAUUCUAAAGAGGAAACCAAACAAAGAAAGAAGCAGAGGUUAUGGUGCUACCAUGGAGAUCAAGAGGAGGCAGAAGAGAAGAGAGACGACAUAAACAAUUGACUUCGGGCGAUACCUCCUCCGUCGUGGAAACAAAAGUCUUCCCUACUCAACUACGAUCAUCAAGAAUCGAGCUGGUUCAGUCACCGCGCGUGCUGUUGACACCGCGUGAUGCGGCCGAUAUAUGUCGGAGACUUGAAAACGCGACGGCUCGCGAGGAAAAUGCAGAGUGUCUGGAGAUUGUGAGUAGAAUCAAGAACUUGGUAAGAGACAAAUCAGACAAUGGAGAGACGAACAAGAAGUGUUUACUCCAAAACGGAGGCGUUUCCGCGCUAACUUCUUGCUUCCAAAGAUUCGCGUCGAAGCGCGAGGAGGGACAUCACGAGCGUUUAUCGGAGGAAGUCCUGUCUCUUCUCACAUCUUGGUUGCCUCUGAGUCGAACAGAGGGUUUCUCCUUCAAGAUGGGAUCAACGGCUUCCCUCAACACUCUCGUGCGGUUCAUGAACGCUUCGGACGCUAAAACGAGGCAAAACGCUGUGUUUUGCAUCAGAGAGGUGAUCGCGACAGACAAGAGGUACGUCUACGCGCUGACAGACAUCGAAGGAGCUUGCGAAGGACUAAUAAAGAUCAUCAAAGAUUCCGUUUCGACAAGCUCGACGAAAGCAUCUCUGAUGGCUAUUUACAGAGCGAUCUCAUGCGACAACAAGACCACUGCAAAGUUCGUGGAGUUGGGUUUGGUCGCAUUGAUCGCAGAGAUGAUCGUGAACAACAACAACGCGGAAAAGAGCGUUUGCGAGAGAUGUCUAGUUGUUCUAAACGCCGUAUGCGACGACGAGCAGAGCAGAGAAGACGUUCUCAGAAACGCUUUGAUCGUUCCUCUUUUAGUGAAGAAGAUUCUACGCGUCUCGGAUCUCGCCACGCAAUGCUCGGUCUCGAUUCUCUGGAAGCUGUGGAGAAAGAACGGAGAAGAUGUGUUGGUCGAAGCUCUUCAAGUCGGCGCGUUCGAGAAACUCUUGGUUGUUUUGCAAGUCGGGUGCGAGGAGAAGACGAAGGAGAGAGCAAGCGAGCUGUUGCGGAACUUAAACCGAUGUAGAAACGAGAUCGGUAACACAAACUGUAUCGACUCUUCUAUGCAUUUGAAGAACGUCAAGAAAUCAUUUUAA